UUGGGCUUCAAGGAGACAGAGGGACCAUGGGAUGUCCGGGGACUCAAGGUCAAAAGGGAGUGAAAGGAUUUGCUGGAGCUCAGGGAGACCACGGAGAAGACGGGCUUGAUGGGCUGGAUGGAGAAGACGGAUUCUAUGGACUUCGUGGGGGAAAGGGAGAAAAAGGUGACCCUGGCUCUCAGGGCAGCCCAGGUCUCAGAGGCGCCCCCGGAGAAGAUGGAGAGACAGGCUUUCCAGGAGAUCGCGGUAACCCAGGACGAGACAGCAUGGUCAAAGGCGAGAAGGGCACCAAAGGAGAAUGGGGAAGACAAGGGAGAACUGGGCAGAAGGGGACAGAAGGCAGCCCUAGCUCCAGAGGAAGCAGGGGAGUGGAAGGCCGGAGAGGGCCCCAGGGUCCCUUGGGAAAAGCAGGUAACCUGGGGCCUCAAGGUGCACAGGGACCCGAAGGACUACAAGGCCCACAGGGGUCGAGCGGAAAUCGUGGUGGGAAAGGAGAAAAAGGAAGUCAAGGGUAUCCGGGACCUCAG